GAUUGCAGUUCCACACAAGCACCUUCAAAUAAAAUUCAAGUAUCGAAGAAGAAGAUGGCUUUAGGUGUUCCUGCUCUUCCGUUGACAUACGUGGCUCACGUUCUGGCAGUUGUUGCCAGCGUCUUGGUCGUGGUCUGGGUCGUCAAUUUCAGGGGUGGCUUGGCUUGGGAUUCUGAUAACAAGUCCCUCAUCUUCAACAUUCAUCCAGUUCUUAUUGUUAUUGGCUUACUAGUUCAUGGGGGUGAAGCUAUUAUAAGUUACAAAGCUUUUCCCCUAAAGAAGGAAGUGAAGAAAUUGAUACACCUUGUUUUCCAUGCCAUCGCAUUAAUACUUGGAAUAGUUGGAAUUUAUACUGCCUUCAAGUUUCACAAUGAAAGUGGGAUUGCCAAUCUCUACAGCUUGCAUUCAUGGCUUGGAAUUGGGGUUAUUGUCCUUUAUGGCAUUCAGUGGAUAUAUGGGUUUGUGAUCUUUUUCUUCCCUGGUGGGACUCCAGACAUUAGACGCGCCUCACUUCCUUGGCACGCGCUAUUUGGGCUGUUUGUAUUUGUCUUGGCUGUGGGCACUGCUGCUCUUGGGUUUCUGGAGAAGCUCACUUUCCUUGAGAACUCAGGAUUGGACAAAUAUGGUUCUGAGGCUUUGCUUGUCAACUUCACUGCCAUUAUCACAAUCUUAUUUGGUGCCUUUGUUGUGUUAUCUGCUCUAGCUGAUGCUCCCCCAGCCCCUGCAGCAGAUGACUAUGAAGCCAUAUAGACACUUGUAAGUUUGUAUCAUAUUUUUAUUUUAUGGAAUAAUCUCAUGUCUGCUAUAAAAGUUUGUAUUGGGAGUUGGAGGAAGGAAAUAAUUUGUUGUUUGUAUUCUUGGAUCUAAAGCUUGUAUUUAAUCAUCAAUUUCAAUAUAUUAACCCUAAAAUGUGAAAUUAGUCAUUGGGUUAUAUCAGUUUUUCUUUUUGUUUUGAACUUUUCCUUGAUCAGCAGUUGAGAUUAGCUCAUAUAAUUUGUGUGACAGUACAUUGAAAAUUCAGUGUAUCUUGUAAUUUUAUUCCUUUGUGAAGAUAUGUACACAUCAUAUAUUUUCACGUUUA